ACCCCCUGGAGGUCUCCCAUCCAGAUACUAACCAGUCUCAGCCCUGCUUAGCUUUAGUGGGCAACCAGUCUUGGGCUACAGGGUGAUAUGACUGCUGGCCGAUGGUGGUUAAAUGGAACUACAGAGGACGUUGGGGACAUUAAAUGUCAUGACGCCGAACAGGUAAACUCAGUCCGCUUUUAUAGCCUCCUCAUGCUCAUAAUUGUACUCUUAUAAACUCAAAUUUUCUGGGAAAAUGUUUUUAUAUAAAAACUGAAAGAGUUUUCAGAAGCUAGUGAUGGUGGCCCUAGUGUGGUUCGUUUAUAGCCCUCCUUUAAGGUUUUUACUUCUGCCAACUGCAUUUAGUCUUCAAAAUUCACAAAAGUUGUGUUUAUCUAUGAAAAUGAACUCAAUGGACAAAACAUGCAGAUAUCAUAAACUUUUGCUGAUCGCAGAGCUUGUUUUUUGCGAUAAUCCAAAAGCUUAAGGAAAAAUCCUUUUGGGUGUUUGUCAAGGGAACCAGUGUGAUACGAACUGCCAGUUGGCCUAUAAAGUGACGUCAUGCACCACUCUAUAAAACAAGUGAAGUAGUUAUGAAUUUAUGAGUACUGAGUCAUUGAAUCAUUCACUUUAAACAAUUCAAUUAAAUGAAAUAGUUUUAAAUAGACUGCAGCAAUUAAUAUUUUGUCCUCUAGAGGCUCUAGUAAAUAAUUUGUAGUUGUCUGUUCAGAAUCAUGAUCUCUAUUUGAAACAAACAAAAAAUCUUCUCAUUUUAUCCAGAAUCAUGCAGCUCUAAAACAAAAUUGUGUACUUCGUCCACCACUGCCCUAUUAUGUGUACAAGGUUUUUUUAAUCUCAUGAAACUUUAGUCUUAUUAUGCAUUGACACAGGAAAUGUGAUCAUUUAUAACCCCCACUUAAUACAUCUGUUCAGUCUUCAAACUCACAAUUUGCACUUUGAGUACUAAUGAAGAAAGCUACUGCAAACAAGGUAUGAGAGUUUUUACAUAUUACUUGAUGAAUUUGUAAAAUGUAUAGGGGUGUGAAAGAGAACAAAUUUUGGGGCAUUUUGUUUUUCCCCCUUUCUUUACCCAUGUUAUACCAAACAGGACCUUAGUGGACCCUUAUAUCUCAGAGGACGCUGCACUUUAAGCUUGGCAAGUAAGUGCAGGAGACAAAAUGAUGCAAACAUGCAGUAUGUAAUAUUAUGAUGAAUAUUUUUGGUGCCAAUGUAAGAAGCUUUAAAGCCCUCAUUUAUUAGUGUUCAAAUCCUGACUUUUCAUUUUUGCACUAAUUCUGACAUGAAGGACAAAUGGUUUUGGCAAUAGUCGCUUUGUCAUGUCCAGUGUAGACAGUCUCAAACCGGUGUAGACAGGCUGUUUUAUUUCUGCAAAAAAAAAACAAAAAAACAAGUGCAGUCUAGAGCAAAAGACAUAAGCUUGAUUGAGACUAAUUCUUAGCAUGCAUGAGCAAUGACCAGCUCAGCAGUGCAACACCUCGACGCCACUGAUCUUAUCAGUCGUUUGGUGUUGGCGAGUCACUAAAACUAUUUCUGAGCAGCACUUUUUUUUGUUUUUUGUUCUUUUUAUACUUAAACAAAGACACUUUCAGAAGCUUUAUUGUGAGUUUUGCAGUGUAUAAAGUGGAUGUGUGUAUUUAUGUUUGUUUAUAGAGCCGUGAUGGUUCCCGUGGUGAUGAGCACCAAAGUGACUCUUCAUUCCCUAAUGUCUCUGCUCUUGACUUCUGGUGAGUCACAGAUGUUAUAGAGCUUGUUUUGUGUUUUUUAAAGCAUGCAUUAACUAUCUAUUCUACAGUCCACCUAUCAGAAACACUCUCUGCCUGUCAAUCAUUUUUGCUGACUUUGGGUUGGUUGGCGAGAGAGGACAUGUGGUUACGCCUUUAAACUGUUGAUGUGUUCGCUUUUCACAGUUCUGUGUCAGCGUGAUCAUUUCUGCCACACCCUUCAGCAGGACCUUUUACACUUCUCACACUGUGCCAUCUCUCCAGCAACAAGUGAUAGAUAUUAUUAAGCUGCAUUUACACAACUCAUACUUGACCAUUUGUCUUCUAUGUGUUUUGUGUGUUUCAGGAGUUUUUGGAGAAAACUGGAAUGUGACUUAUGAAAAUAAUUCAAUAUGUGCUGUCAAACGAUCCACAGUAAACAUGUCAUGCACAUACAGAUACCCUCAGCAGUAUCCACUGACAGAAACCUUUUGGAUCAAGAAACCAGAUGAAAAGAUUAAAAGUUUAAAAGAAUAUCAGGAGUAUAAAGACAGGGCUGAAUACAUUGAAGACAGACAAAACAAAACGGCUGUUCUCAGACUGCACAACGUCACUGAAGAUGAUGAGAAAGAGUAUUGUUUCAGAUUAGUAACUGCAACUGAAGGACAAAGAUGGUUUGGUCAACCAGGAAUUCAACUUAAAGUUUCUGCCCUUCAGGUUCAGGCUCCACAGCAGGUGCUGGAGAAACAAACGGUCAAUCUGACAUGUAGAACUACCUGCGAUCUGACAGACAGAUUCAUCUGGUACAAAAAUGGACAGGCUUUAAACUUCCACAGAGAUAUCCUGCAGCUUCAGUCAGUCCGCAGUGAUUCUGGCAGUUACAGCUGUGCCGUCAGAGGACAAGAACAUCUGCCCUCUCCUGCUGUCAGCCUCAGCGUCAUGUAUUCCCCCCAAAAUACAUCAGUGUCCAUCAUCAGUCCGUCUGGUGAAAUAGUGUCAGGAGAUUCAGUGACUCUGAACUGCAGCAGUGAUUCAAACCCUCCUGCUCUGAACUUCAGCUGGUUUAAGGAGGAUGAAACCUCAGCUGUUGGAUCUGGACAGAGUUUCAGCAUCUCCAGCUUUAGCUCCAGUUUCAGUGGACGCUUCUACUGUGAGGCUCAGAAUAAAUAUGGAUCUCAGAGAUCAGCGUCUGUUUCUCUCACUGUUAAAGAGGUAGGACGUCUGGGGAUAUUAUACAUAUCCAUUGGAGUGAUCUGUGGAGCUGCAGUGAUCAUCAUGCUGUUGCUGAUUUGGAGAAGCAGGAGGAUGAAAAAGAGAAACGACACAAUGGAGUCUGAGAUGAAUCAUUCCAGCCCUCAUCAUGACAGACGUAAAGCUUGUGAUGUUGAGUUGAGUGAACCGGUGUAUGAGAAUGUAAAGAAUGACAGGAAGAAUCAAUAGAAAAUGAGCUUAAGAAAAGACACAGCUUCGUGGAUUUAGAGAUCAUCGCCCCCUAGCGGUGAACCAUUGCAAUAUUGAAAUCAAGUGACUGUUAGUUUGGUACACGCUCCAAACCACUGGUUCGAAACAAAUGAUUCUCAAAUGCUUUAAAGCUUCACAAAGUGUGUUUUGAAACUUAUACAUUUUUAUGGCAUUAAUCCAUUCUAACUUAUUUUUGCUUGUGAAAAGAGAAAAACAGUUGCUUUUCUGUUUAUAAUUAGAAGAAUAGAAAAUAUGCUUUUCUGGAAGCUAAAUGUAGACCGUUCUAGUCUGGUUUGCUGAGGAAGGAAAGGUAAUGUUGUGCAGUGCUGUUGCUGGAAUUAAUUGUUCAUGACAUUUGAUCUGUUCUGAACUAUAAAUUGUAAUUAAAUAAUGAACUGGUCAUGUG